AUGGCUCAAAUCCGCUACUUCCACCUGACGCUUUUUCUAUCCGCGGUCUGGUUUACCUACCAUGUCAUCCGCCUCGCUCGUAAGGCUUUCACAGGUCCCCUGAGCAAAAUUCCCGGCCCCUUGGUCUGUCGAUUCAGCAAUCUCCCCUUGAAGCUUGCAACUCUCCAAGGCCGCCGAGUGUUCUUCGUGGAUGGACUCCAUCACAAGUAUGGCACUUGCGUCCGCAUCAGCCCCGAGGAGUUCUCAAUCGUGGACCUGCCCUCCACGCGUGCCAUCCACAAGGUUGGCGGCAACUAUGGCAAAUCUCUAUGGUACGCGAGGUUCACAGGCGAGACUGAUGGGGUGCAGUCCAUGUUUUCGAUUGCGGAUUCGAAAGAACACAGUCAGCGUCGAAAGCAGUUCUCAAAUGCCUUCUCCGAAAGGGCUCUACUGGAGUUCUGGGAGCCCCUUGUGGAAGGAAGGGUGAAACUUGCCGUGCAGAAUAUCAAAGAAAAGGCCCAGACCGGCGGAGCAGAUGUCCUGGCAUGGUUCACCUUCAUGGCAACCGACGUGAUCAGCGAGCUGGCUUUUGGCAGAAGCUUCAAAACCCUUGAGGCUGGUGAAAAAUCUCCCUACCUCCACGACCUCGAGCACGCUGCCAUCCGUGACAUGCUCACAGAAGAGCUGUCCGUGAUCAUGAAAACGAUAUGCUACCUGCCCAUUCCCGCUCUGCAGCACUUCCUUGGCUCCCGCCAGCGCCUCAUCGAGUACGGCCGCAGUUCUCUCCAGCGCGGCAAGGUCCAAGAGAACGACAUGACCAUCUUUUCCAAAGUGUUCGCCGACAAUGGCGUCUCGGCCAACAGCUUGUCCGACUUCGAGAAAAUCCGCGAAGCAAAGAGCAUGAUCAUCGCAGGGACAGAUACCACAGCCAUCACCCUAACGUAUCUGGUUUGGGCUGUCCUGAAACAUCCAGAGGUCCAACAAAAGCUUGUUGAGGAAGUCAAGACAUUGCGCCCCGACUUCAGCAGCCAAGACGCAAGGAAACUACGAUACCUGAGCAUGGUUACUGAUGAGGCGCUGAGACUCUAUGGCGCUGUUCCUGGGGGCCUCCCACGAACUGUUCCAAAGGGCGGGAGGGAGUUGGGUGGCUACUUCUUUCCUGAAGGGACGGUCGUGACGACGCAGGCAUACACCCUGCAUCGAGAUCCGAGCGUAUUCGCACAACCGUUGGAAUUCAACCCGGAGAGGUGGGAGAGUCCCACAAAGGAGAUGACAGAUGCUCUCCUGCCAUUCGGUGCAGGCUCAAGGAUAUGCAUCGGCAUGCAUCUUGCUAAGAUGGAGAUGGCUCUCGCUGCGGCUACCUUCUUCCGUGAAUGUCCUACCGCUCGACUCUCGUCAGCAAUGACUGAUGGUAUGAUGGAGCUCGAGAACUAUUUCCUGGUCGCGCCAAAGGGUCAUAAGUGUGAGGUGGUGAUGUAA